AUGGCUGAUGUCAGCCCUGUUGCGGAGCUGCUUGGCCAGGCCCUCUACCACUUCGACCGUUUGAGACCACUUCUUCCCACAUACGGACACCUACUAGUUUCCGCUCUUUUCCCGAUCUGGAUCGGUGCGCAUGCAUCUUUGACAAGACCUUCGUCCGCUGCCAAACCCUCGAAGAAAAAAGCCAACAAGGAUAAAGAUGAAUAUGACACGGAUGACGAAGAGGGACAAGGUCCAUUGCAGAAGAUGGAAGGGCUUGAGCCAUCAGAUGCAUUGAUGUUUCCGUUGACUGCGGGACUCACGCUGGGUGGUCUAUACUUGGUGAUCAAAUGGUUGGAAGAUCCAGCGAUCUUGAACAAGAUACUCAGCUUCUACUUCUCCCAAAUGGGACUGUUCUUUUCAUUUGCAUUCUUGAAGGAUGUCCUCUUGAUGAUUCGUUCAUUUGUGUUUCCCAGGUACUACCGUCAAGGCAGACGGUUGUGGAAAGUGAAACAGUCUGAACGCUUUUUCAUCACCUCCGAGAAGGACACUUCAGGCAAUUCGCCCUCUAUGCGCCAUUCACCUCUCCCUGGGAUUUUGGGUUUGGUUCCACUCCCACGUAUAGUGCUGGCAUUGCUUUGGAAAUCCCGGGGUGUUUCCUACCAGCGUCUCAAGGUGCGGGCUCAUAUACGCGGCUUGUUUGACUUCAAAUGCCUUGUUGGCCUCAUUGAUAUCAUCAGCGGAAUCCUUGCAUUGUCGGCUAUAGGUUACUUUGCAUUUGUGGCAAAUCCAUGGUGGUUGACUAAUUUCCUCGGAUUCUGCUUCUGCUACGGUACUCUGCAGUUCAUGUCUCCCUCCACGUUCUGGACCGGUACCCUCAUUCUGGGUUCCUUGUUUUUCUAUGACAUCUACUUCGUCUUCUUCACGCCACUGAUGGUCACUGUUGCAACCAAGUUAGACGUGCCAAUCAAGCUCUUGUUUCCUCGCCCACCGACCGCUAGGGAUGCUCCUGGUUCCGUGCCAUUGGCCAUGCUUGGAUUGGGUGACAUCGUCAUCCCGGGAAUGAUGAUUGGGCUGGCACUUCGCUUCGAUCUGUUCCUCUACUACCAGAACAAGGGCGUCCAAAAGGCACGUAUCGAAGGUUCUGACCAGGCAAUCGCCAAACCUGAGUAUCAGUCGGCAACCGGCGAUUGGGGAGAGCGCUUCUGGGCACCUUCAAUCAAGCCUGACUACCCCGAACUCCAGCCGCCCUACUUUGAUGCCCGGCGUUUCCCAAAAACUUACUUCAAAGCCAGUAUAGUCGGCUAUGUUGUUGGAAUGAUCACCACUCUACUUGCGAUGCAAUAUUCGAACCACGCCCAACCCGCUCUUCUCUAUCUUGUACCAGGUGUUCUGGCCUCGCUUUGGGGGACUGCGCUCAUUCGAGGUGAGAUCGAUACAAUGUGGGAUUUCUCUGAUGCCGAGGAGGUAGAAGUUGAGGAUCUCAAGAAGGAAAAUGAAGUCGAGGACAAGCCCUCUGCCCAAGCUCAGAAGAGUUUCUUUAUGCGCAUCUUCUCCAGUGAAUCUUCACGCGCAUCAACCGAUGAAGACACAACGCAGGCUGAGAAAUCAGAAGCGAAGAAAAUUGAUGACUCCAAACCUGAGGGGAAAUCAUCCGAAGGCGAGCGUGAUGCGAAGGCGAAGAAGCACAAAAAGGUCCGUGACAGCUCGGACUUGAUCUCAUUCUCUGUGUCAAUUCCUCGCAAGUCGAAGGAUAAGCUUGAGGUCAGUUGGUCAAAAAGCUCUACAGAGGACGAGGAUGAGGCAGUCCCUGUUUCCAGAGAUGUCAAUGGAGACGACGAGCCGCCACUGAAGAGAAGGCGACGCAGCAUGAUGAACAAGAAAUGA